AUGUCUUUAUACUCAGGUCCAUUAGAUGAAGAAGAUCAAGAUGCCAUUCUUUUAGACGCUAGAGCGGGUGAUAUUGAGUCAUUGCAAGAAGUGUUCAGCAUUGUGAUAGAUCCAAAGUCCAUGGUUACUUGUAGGGAUUCCAGUUCAAAAUCCACAGCUUUGCAUUAUGCAGCUGGUAACGGUCAUUUAGAAAUGACUAAAUAUAUAUUAAAAUUGGCUAAAGAGACCACUUCAGAAGAAAAAUUUAAAGAAUUUGUUGAUGAAAAAAAUGAAAAUGGUAACACUGCUUUGCAUUGGGCUUCCUUAAAUGGACACCUGGAAGUUGUCAAGUUAUUAUGUGAUGAAUAUGAUGCUGACCCGUUUAUCAAAAAUAAAUUCGACCAUGAUGCCAUCUUUGAAGCUGAAAACAAUGGCAAAGAAGAAGUUGAAACCUAUUUUCUAAAGAAAUUCGACGUUGAACCAUUAGAGGAUGAAACAGUUAUAAGCUCAAAAGAUAUUGCUACUGUUGAUAAUAUUGGGAUAAAAGAAGGUACUGAAAUCGCCAACAUGACAAAUGACGCUACAGAGGCUUUAAGAGAAAAAACAGAAACUUUGAACAUCGAAUAA